CGCUAUAGUAAACUUUGGGGAAAUGGCACUAAAACCCCAAAAUUUUCCCAGACAUGGGUCAAUUCCCCAAACAUUGGCGAAGGUCAUUUGACUUCGGGAUUUUCAGAAAAUUGGGAGCUUGGGUAAAUUUAAGAAAGUAGACGAAAUCUGUUUGGGGACUACCGGCCAAUAAGUUAGUUAGAGAGUUUAAACACUGGUUAUGUAGUAUGGAUUGUCUGUAAUAAAUGUUGAUAAAACAAAACUACGGUGAAUUUAAUAUAAAAGACUGGAAAAGAAGUAAUAAGUCUACAUUUGUAUUCCUGGCACAUCAUUAUCCUUAAAAAGAAGGUUCUGUGUUGCGAAAUGUGUUGGUUUGUGUGAAAGCAUCUUGAUAUGCCCCAUCAAGACGCCUAAAUUUGUUCCUUAUAUUUUGAAACAUUGUCCUGACAAUUUUGUUUUGAAUUAAAUAGCGCAACGUUUUAUACACAAUGUUUAACUGGAUGAAGAAGCGAAUUAUGUGAACUUUAAUGCAUGAACUUGACAACCUGAGACAGCAGUGAUGCAUUCGCGUGGAAUCAACACUUAUAUGGUCCCAUUAGCUUACUGUGGAACACCGAGAUAUUACAGCGUUGAACGAUUAAGCUUGCCGGUGGAAAACUUAUCUGGGAAAUGGAAAGUACAAAAUCUAAGAUCAUCAGGUGUCUCCAUAUUACAUAUAUAAUUCGUAUGAUGCAGACUUAAAUUGAUUGAACAACGCUAAGUUGUCUGAAUAAAUAGUUAAGUUUAAAAAAAUAAAUAAAAUUGUUGCCGUUAGGUCCUUUGGGUAACUUCAGAUGACUAACGAAUACUUACAGUUGACAACUGGUUGUCGAACUUUUCCGAAGACUAGUUUCUUCAUGUAAUGAGAAACCUGGCAUUAUAGAAACGCGGGAUUUGUUAUAUACAGUCCAGUCCAUCCAAGUGAAUCCUACAUAAAUCCCCAUUUCUACUUCAUCAACUAUCAGUGCUAACUUCAAAUUUCAGAGGGGUGUGAAAAUUAAAAACUGACUUGGAUAUUACAUCCAUUUCACUGAGUUAUUGCCGAUCGAAUGCUUAACAAGCUUUAAUUUCACUAUUUCAUUACACUCUAUUCCCGAGUUUAAAAUUAUUUGCCGUUGUUUCGUUACUUUUCAAAAAGUUUGGUUAAUAGGCAUAAUUUACAAGUCUGUUUUCUUAUUAACGUAUGUUGUAAGGAAAUUAUGUAAGGUCUAGGUAGAUGAAAAUUUGUCCUGCGCUCGAUACUGUAUCCAAAACAGUAGUUCAAUGCACUUAUUUUUACUUAAUGGUAAUGCAAAUGGUCACAAGUUCCCGAAGUACUAAUUAGAGUGUACUAUCAGCUUCAUAAUUAAUUUUCGCAUUGUUUGGAUCGUCCUACUGGUGUUUAGGACUGCAAUUAAUUAGUCUCAUUGAUAUAUAUGCAUCCAUUGCGGAUUGCAUCGAUAUAACCUCAGUCACAAGCAUUAUAAACAAAGAUCUAUGGUGGCUGGCAGUGGAAUCCCAGGACGCGCGCUUCUUUUUAUUUGAGACUAGUCAGUUGGGUGGAGACAAUUUGCACAUGUGCCAAUGAAGGACUGAUCGACUGCAGUCGUAAACAUCAAUGGGAAGAUUCAAACAAACAAUACAAAAUUGGUUUAUAUUAGGCCUAGUUCAGAAACUCAAGUUAAAAACAUAAGUUUAAGCCUCACAUCUUUUUAUUUGGUUUAAGUCUAAAAGUUAAUUUCAUUCUUUAGUUAAAAUUUUACAAACAAAAACACCCAUUGCAUCAUGAAAACAAGCACAUGGUUUAAGAAGACCAUGGAAACAGAAAAAUAAAUGUUUGGAUCAAUUGUUUAACAAUUUAGAAGUAUGCAAAAUGAGUAUGAUAAUUACAUCUUUAAUAACUGUAGAAUUCUGUAUAAAAUUAUAGAAAACUUAAAAAAUCUAUCUACUAAACCAUAUUCUAGUUUUCAUGCAGUUCUAUCAGUUAAAAGUUUAGGAAAUCGUUCAAGUUUAGCUUUUUAUGUCAACAAAAUAAUUUCGGUUGGCUGUUAGAUUCACUAUAAAAACCCUUUUGAAUUUAAUCACCAAACUCUAAUGUGCAACAAACAACUGAGAAUUAAACCUGUGUUUCUGCUGUCAUGUGGGUCUUUCAAUCCAAUUACUGUAAUGCACAUGCGAAUGAUGGAACUAGCAAGAGAUAAGAUUGAAAAUAUGCAUUUGUCAACAAAAGAAUCUCAUCAUGUUUUGUCUGAGGAGAAUAACCAGUUCACUCAAAAAGAAUAUAGUGAUGACCAUCCAAUAAAUGAUGACCAUCAGACAGUCGUCGUUGGUGGUAUAUUCAGUCCUGUGUCCAAUCUGUAUGAAAAGAAAGGUCUCCUACCAGCUUCUAUACGCGUCGAGCUUACACGAUUAGCCUGUAUUUCUGCAUCCGACUGGUUGGCCGUAAGCAAUUGGGAGUGUUCACAAUCAAGUUGGUUGAGAACUCGAGUGGUCUUAGAUCACAUUUAUGGUGUCUUGAAUAAUACGUACUCAAAUUUAAGUAACAAUGACGAAACCGAAAUUGACUCAGUUCCGAGAAAAAAGACUUGCUUCGCACCAAGCAAUUUUUAUCCCACUGAUGGUUUAAUUAAUGAAGACCACGAACAAACGAAACUUUCAUCACUAGAAGGCAUGGCGACUGACCUCUGGCUUAAGAGUUGCUUUCAUCUGGACUCUCUUAUUGAUAUUAGUAACAUAAAAUGUAGCGAAAACCAAGUACAUGAUACUAAUGAUGAUCAUUUCAACAGCAAUCUCUUCACUUCAUUAUCAUCUGUAGAUAGAUCGUGUUACUGUCGCAAAAACAAUACCGCAAACGUUUUGCUAUCAAAGCCUUGUGUGAAAUUAGUUUGUGGUGCUGAUCUUCUGGAAUCAUUCAAAACUCCAAAUUUGUGGUCAGCAGAAGAUAUUGAAACGAUUGCUCGUGACUAUGGUAUAAUUUGUAUUAGUCGACCUUCAUAUGAGCCUUUGAAAAUUAUCAAUGAAUCAAACAUUUUGAGCAAAUAUAAGGAUAAUAUAAGUUUAGUGAUAGACAAUUGUCAGAAUUCACUAAGCUCUACUUUCGUACGUCAUGCUUUAUCAAAUGGUAAAAGUGUACGUUACCUCGUUCCAGAUCGUACUUUGGAAUAUAUUUAUACACAUAAAUUAUAUGAUGCCAAAAAAAGAUGUGUUAAUUUACUUGAAUCGAAGACUAGAACAGAAGUACAACACUAAUUACCAAAGAUUUCAUGGUGCAUUUUUCAAACAGUUGAAUCAUUUGAUUAUUCUUGAUAACAUAAAAUUGUAAAUACACCUUGAUAUACGUAUAUUACUCAUGUUGAUUGGAUUAAAUUUCUUGAAAUUGUGCAAUUACUUCAUUUUAUGAUUCUAUCCUGUAAAAUGAUUUACUUAUCACGCUAUCAUUUGAAAUAAACUUAUACAGUUAAUUUGCU